CGGAUCAAGGAACGAACAUAAAAAAAAAAUAAUGGAACUUUAUCGGAAGCACGCAGACAUUAGCUAGAUCCCCUGUUCGUCCCACAAGAUACAGCUAUCCAUCAACAAGGCAUUGAAUCAAAGUUAGAUAGCUAAAGCGGUGAUUGACAAGUGUUAGGAGAUCUCGACAUUUUUUAGAGGCAGCAGCGUUGCGAUGAAUGUCCUCAACAAGGAACAUGACAGACUCUACGAAUGACAGUACAAACUGCUUUCAGUGAAUGCAACACGAUGGAAUUCACACUACAGCAUGGCAACAAAAGUUCUCCAAAUCAUUGACGGAGUAACUGCAGCUUUCAACAAAAUGAAAACAGGAACAACGGAUGAAAAAGCGAGAGCCGCGGAGUUCGGCCCAAGUAUGCUCAGCGAGUAGAUCGCGGCUCUUCAAGAAAUCCUCACCCUCUUUACACCAUGUGGCCAUUCACACAUUGGACAGCUCAAGUCGACAACUCAACAAUUUCGCAAAUCUAUCCCGGGAUUCACAGUCUGAUCUCGGCGCCCGACUCGUUGAUCACGGAACAGGCUUGGUUUGUCAGUUUUCGUCAGGCUACAACUAAGCGCUUUGAGGACAUUGCACGUCGAAAUGUCAAUGAUGCCGUCGACACAGUGGACAGAACAUUUGCUACUGUAACAGGGGCUGUCAUCAAGCAUACUGAAGUCAAGCUGGGUGUGAUAGCCUCUGGGCUAAACCCUCAUCUAUCAGAUCUGACGGGAUCAGGAACAACAACUGAUGCAACAACUUCUCGAACUAAGUCCUCAAAGCGAGCCCGCAAAGUCCAAGAAACUAAGGAUGUCAACAGCGAUGAUGGUGAUGAUCGGUCUGAAGAAUUUUGGCUAGUACGAGACAUUGGAGACAAGGACAAAAAUGAUGACGAUCUGGACGCGUUGCUAUAUGAUAGCCUGAAUGAGGCGGAGGUAGCGUCAGCAUCAGCACUAUCACCGGUGGCAUCAUCAUCAUUAUCAUCGCCAUCAACAUCAUGGCCGCUUGGACAGCAUGCGACCUGUAGCAAGGCAAAGCUUGGUCGACGCCAACAGCGCUUCCAAAGUCUUGAUCGUGCUCGCUUUUGGAAGCUGCAGUCGGGGCGUACAGUAGAAGAUGUGAUGUUUAACGCCAGCUUAAUGGAAAGUGCACCUGUGGCAUUCCGCUCAUGUACAAUUGACUUUGACUGCAAGUCGACCAAAGCACUCUUUACAGAUAAAGAAUGGCGUGAGCUGCAAGCUCAUAACAAGUUCACCCUACCGCAUCCGCCAGUCACUACCACUGAGUAUCUGAAGCAGGUGCGACGAGCAAUGUUGGAAGGCGAUCAUGUUUCCAAAAUUCCUUUACCUGAGCAUGACAGGUUCACUUGCGAGCUAGCGAUGACAACAUGCAUGAAGUGGGCUCGGAUUUACAAGAAGGACCCCUCGCCGUUUAUUGCAGACAAUCUCUCGGAGGCUUAUUGGGCAUGAACGUCAUGGCCACUCCUAAAAGAGCUAUUGGACGAUGUGAAUGGGAUUCUAAUGGUCGAUGGCGAAAAGGCUGGUAUCGAAUCUACGCUCCGGAGGAAUAAGAAUAGAAAAACUGAAUAUGAUGCUUCUUCCAGGCGACGUAUCGGGUGCAAGCUAGAUCUUGUGGCGAGGAAUUUCAUCCGAAAAGAGGACUGGUUCAUUGUCGAAAGCAUGCGCACAUGGGACCAGAAGUCUCCCAAGUUCCUUGUGGAAUCAAACGUGGAUCUCUUCCGCGAGUAUGUACGUUCUUUUAGUAUACACAGGCGCAUAUGUAUCUGGAAUGAUGGGCCAUUUGUAAUCUGCAGUUGUGAGAAGGCGGGUGAAUAGAAAAGGAAAGAGAGAGGAAAAGAGAGAG